AUGAGCAAGUGCUUUGUGACAGUGGCAAGGAAAAACGUCCUUUUAAGAGGCAGAAACCUCAAGCAGAACCCGGCUCUAGUCUUCUCUAAUCUAACAACUUGUUAUCUUCUUGCAGUCACAGAUGAGGAUACGGUCAAGAGGUACUAUGCCAAGUUUGAGGAGAAAUUCUUCCAGACAUGUGAGAAAGAACUGGCCAAGAUCAACACCUUCUACUCUGAAAAGCUCGCCGAGGCACAGCGGCGAUUCGCCACGCUGCAGAACGAGCUGCAGUCAUCUUUGGACGCCCAGAGGGAGAGCUGGGCUAACGGGCGGGGCCUGAGGAGGAGGAAGACGGUGUUCGCCCUGUCGCAGCAGGAGCGAUGCAAACACAGAAACAUAAAGGACCUGCAGCUGGCCUUCUCUGAGUUCUACCUCAGCCUCAUACUGCUGCAGAACUAUCAGAACCUGAACUUCACAGGUUUCAGGAAGAUCCUGAAGAAGCAUGAUAAGAUUUUGGAGACGUCAAGGGGGGCCGACUGGAGGGUGGCCCACGUCGAGGUGGCUCCAUUUUACACAUGCAAGAAGAUCACGCAGCUCAUCUCUGAGACCGAGGCGUUGGUCACAACAGAGCUGGAAGGUGGUGACAGACAGAGGGCCAUGAAGAGGCUGAGAGUACCUCCCCUGGGAGCUGCACAGCCUGCUCCUGCUUGGACCACCUUUAGAGUUGGGCUUUAUUGUGGAGUAUUCCUUGUCUUAAUAGUGACUGUGGUCAUUACAGGAGCUGUGGUGAUCGGUAGUACUGAUGUUUGGCCUAUGGUCAGGAUCUACAGAGGAGGCUUCCUGUUAAUAGAAUUCCUCUUCCUGUUAGGCAUCAACACCUACGGCUGGAGGCAAGCAGGAGUGAACCAUGUACUCAUAUUUGAACUCAACCCCAGAAACAACCUGUCCCACCAACAUCUGUUUGAGAUUGCAGGUCUGUUGGGGGUGCUGUGGUGUGUCAGCCUGCUGUCCUGUCUCUUCAGUGAUAGCAUCCUGGUGCCAAUGCAGGCUAACCCUCUGGCUCUCUACGGCCUCUUCUUCUUCUUCCUCAUCAACCCCUUCAAGACCUGCUACUACAAGUCACGCUUCUGGCUGCUCAAACUAUUGUUUAGAGUGGUGACAGCUCCGUUUCAUCGCGUUGGCUUUGCAGACUUCUGGCUGGCUGACCAGUUGAACUCUCUGGUGGUGGUUCUGAUGGAUCUGGAGUACAUGAUCUGUUUCUACAGUUUUGAACUGGACUGGAAAAAACACGAUGGACUCAUCAGCAGUUCAGGUAAAGAUGUGUGUAACACCUACUCCUACGGCGUCCGUGCAGUGAUCCAGUGUCUUCCAGCUUGGUUCCGAUUCAUCCAGUGUCUGCGACGUUACCGCGACACCAAACGGGCCUUCCCUCACCUGGUUAAUGCUGGGAAAUACUCCACUUCCUUUUUUGUUGUCACCUUCGCUGCCCUAUACAGCACACAUAAAGCCGAAAACCAUGUUGACACUCAGAUCUUUUUCUACUUGUAUAUCGGCUGUUUGGUGGUCAGCUCAUGUUACACACUGGUCUGGGAUCUGAAGAUGGACUGGGGCCUAUUUGACCGCAACGCAGGAGAGAAUACCUUUCUGAGAGAGGAGAUAGUCUACCCACAUAAGGCCUAUUACUACAGUGCCAUAGUGGAGGAUGUGCUGUUGCGAUUUUCAUGGACUCUGACCGUCUCCCUCAGCACAGUCUCAGGGUUGCACGGCAUCUCUGACAUACUGGCGACUAUACUGGCCCCAAUGGAGGUCUUUAGGCGUUUUGUGUGGAACUUCUUCCGGUUGGAGAACGAGCACCUGAAUAACUGUGGUGAGUUCAGGGCCGUGCGAGACAUCAGUGUGGCUCCGCUCAACGCUGAUGACCAGACCCUGCUGGAGCAGAUGAUGGACCAGGAGGACGGAGUCAGGAACCGACAGGGCAAGAAGAGCUGGAAGAGGAGCUACAGCAUGAGUCUACGCCGGCCACGACUGGCCUCACAGUCCAAGACCCGUGACACCAAGGUUUUGAUAGAGGACACCGAUGAUGACUCCUGACAUCAGGCCACGCCCCUCGCCUGGGUCCAGAAUUUAUUCAAAGGAGGAAACUCCACCUCCUAACUGAGGAAUUACCCAGCGAGUUGGGCGUUGAAAACUCAACCAAGGACUAGUUUUAAACUCUCUUGCCUACGUAAUCUUUUCUCCAAUGCAUGAGCCUCUGCUCGGGUUCAGAACUAAGGAGGAACUUUCACCUCUUGAACAAACAACCCAGCAGCACGGCCAGCAAACUCCUACUCCUACCUUCAAUAAUAAAUGGGGUGGGCUAAUCACUGAAACUCUACCUUACCUAAGCAUUGGGUGAAAAACCUCCCUGCCAUUGUCAGCCACCCACAGGUGGACUCUCUAACUACACCCACUCUUCAGCCAUUGCUUGGGCUCUCCUCAAAGCCUCAGCCUAGCAUGAACAACGCAGCUAAACGGAAACGCAAGCCGAUCACCCUGACAGGAAGUGUCCUGCUCCCUCUCGGUGCCACACAGCUCCUGAAAAAGGGAGAGGCCGACAACUUAAAGCCUACUGCUGAUGAGGACCAAAAGGUUUUCUCCCUGCCUUUAGCUAUUAGUCUCCACCUACACUCCCAGCAUCCAAGUAAUGCUUUGACAAAGGCCUUGAAUAAAUGAUGCACCAACAGAUCUCCAGUCAACCUGUAAUUUGGACCUCAGAAUGAACCUAAAGCCCCUUCUGUCUAAUAAGAAAAUGAGAAGGGUUGAAAUGUGUCCUCUUCCUUUUUGGCGACAUUUAAAGGCCUUGUGACCUUCUCUCUGACCCUUGCCGUUUUACACCGGCAUACAGACUAUGCUGAUGAACAUUUGGUAACGGCAAUCAGUCAUCGGCUUAACUCCCCCGCUCUUCAGCUUGCCCCUUCAAAUCAUCACAGAGCUGCCUACCUGCACCUUACACGCUUUAGAAACACACACACACAGACACGCACUUUGUAGGAAGAGUGAACUGGGGUGGAAUGCCCAUUUUGUGUGCUCGCACACACACAAACAAUUAUUUGAUAUGUUUUAUUGUUAAUUGAUGCGGAACCAUUCUUUUUUUUUUUUUUUUUUUGGAAACCCUGGGAAGAAAACAAACAUACAUAGACAAGCAAUUAUUUGUAACCGUGGUUGUAAAUAUGAGAUGGACCAAAGCAGGAGGUGGUGUGAAAAUAUUCUGAAAAUAUCAAAUACUCCUUACAAAAAAAACAAAAAAACGUGCUGAGUUCAGACUGUAUGGAACAGCAGCUGGAAUGACUGUUCAGCAAUGGAGCUGAGAAGGAAAUUUUACUUUGUUUCCGGGAAAAGAUGAAGACCAUCUUAAUCAUCCUGUGGGAUCUCCCAGUCAUCCCAUGUGGAAAUCUCCUCCAUCUGGAAAUUAUUUUGCUGAAUGUAUGUCAGCUUAUUUAUGUAUCUAUGAGUGGGAGACAUGUCUAAAUACAACCGCUCAACCCAUUUAGGCAAUCAGUUUUGGAAACUUUAAGAUAAGUCCCAUGGAGUUUUUUAUUUCUCCCCUUAAAUAUUGGAAAAAGACUGAUUGAGAACGUUUGGAUUAUGAAACAGCCAUACUUGUCUUUUAAACUGGUUCAUUGAAAUGUGACGAUGAUGAAAAGGGGGGAGGUCACCUGUCUGUCACACACCGGUCCAAACUGUCACAAUCCAAAGGAUGGUGUAGUUCAACUUAAACCUGAAUGAAGUGGCCCUUCCAGCUGGUUUGGUGUUGAAUGAUCUCUGUGGGAGUGAAUCUGAUUGGCUGUGUGUACACUCAUUAAAUACAUGCUGGUGUAACUCAGGUUCUAUAAACACACUGGUUUGGUUUUAACAUUUUAAUGGAAAAGGUUGGUUUAAAGAAAUAACCUGUUUGUUUCAAGACAGUCAUUUUAAUAUAUUUUUACGUUCAGUAUGUAAUUCAACACAUUUUGAGAGUCUACCGUAAAUUUUCAAAUCGAGGCGUGGGCCGUUAUUACCUCAAUGGCAGAGAGAAGCAGAUCUUUAGAACGGGCUUAUAUUAGAGAAAGUCUUAUUCCUGAUUUCCCCUGACUCCCAGUUAACCGUAGCGUCUACUACACACUUGUUAGCUGAAUGGUAUUCAGUUAGUUGCCAUCUGCAUCUUUAGUGCUCGAUCCUACACACUGGACCUUCAAUGCAAACCUUAAACUUCCUCCACUUUCACCUUUUUGUCUUGAUGUCUACAGCACUAAUUCCAUCAAUGCAACGACUUCCCAACUGUCAGAAGUGUUUCUUUUCAUUGACCGCAGCCUUAUGUUGGUCAGGAACAACUGAAACUUUUAUGUGUUUAUGGUGACCAUGCCUCUGCCAUUAUAUGAUUUUAUGAGAAUUUACAGUAAUUUUAACAGCAGUUAAAGGGGCCUGGCUGUGGGUUUUUUUCCAUAGUCUGACAAAGUCUCAAUUAGUAAAAGAGCUACAAAAUAAAACCAUCUUCUGUUGUUUAGUGAAGACAGGUAGUUGUGGUUACACUGGAGAAAAUGUUUUUCUAAAUGUUUCUAUAGAGCAAAGAUAUUAAUUGUUACUUUUUUCACAUUCCCAAAGUGGUUGACGUACGUUGGUUGUUUAGUUGAGGAGGUUCUGUUUAGGUUUUAUUUUCUUCUACAUUGCUUUUUAAACAAUUUAAUACAAACAAUUCUGCUUUCAUCAUAAAGAGCUUGUUAGUAGCUUGUGGAUGCAAUUUGGAGUGACUGACUUCUGAAAUCCUUCAGGAAACCCUGAUAGAAGUCAGUUAUUAGUGAGCAAUAAGUCACUUAAGGAUUAUGUGCACUUUAAUGCCAAACGUUUUUUGUUUUUGUUUUUUUAUUUGUCCUCAGACUUAAUGAAGAUACAUAGCAGUUUUAGUUUUCAUCAUCUUGUUUUACUGGUUAUUCCUGAAGCUAUCAACUAUUUGUUGGAUUCAGUUUCAUUUGGGCUUCCAACUUGAGAAAGUCCACUAGUCAAAUGUCAGGCAAAGCAGAGUGGAAAGAAUAUAUAAUGUCGCAUGCAAUAGUACAUUAGAAGCAAUAUUUGUUAUUUCUAAAGGUCUUACUACUUUUUAAUGGAGGGCAGAUGGGCAAAGCAAACUUGUUGCUCAGUGAUAACACUGAUGUCCAGUGCGAGCUGUGAGGAACUAUGUAUAUAUGUAGAGCUUCUGACAGGAUGCUGGUGGGUUGAGGCAGCACAUCUUCCACUGCUUGCAUUUUCACCUGUUUGACAGUAGGAAUAUUCACAUUUCCUGGUGGUUAUGUUGGAAAAGCUAGAUGCUGGUUGCAAAUGUCUAUAAGAUUCAAACACAGCAGUCAGUGAGUUUUGUUUUUCACCCUUUUUUUUUACAAUCUUUUUUUAUUUAUGGCAUAUUUUUAUCUUAAUAAUCUCUAUCUAUCAUUCCUGAAAACAUUCUGUAUACCCCAUAGUUGCAUAAAGCUUAGCGUCUUUUGUUCUCCCUCCACACCCCAAACAUCAUGGGUAACCCUAGUUCAAACCAGCAGCUUUAAGACCUGGGCACACCAGCAUUUAAAACAGUGAAAGUUUGCUGCAAUUUCAACCAAUUGCAAUGGAAUCGACCUGAUUCGUAAAUUAGCUAACAGGGCUGUGGUAAAUCUGCGCAAAUUUACACUUCCAUUUUGGUGAACCUAGACCAACAAAUUUGUGCCAUUGACCAAUAGCAAACCCUUUUGACAGUGCUGACCUUUGACGGGGAACAGAGUCCAAGUAGCAGCUAGUACUGUCAUUACGCCACCAAGACUCUACAACCAAGAUCUUUUGUUUUUCGGCUUAAUUACCUCCAAGCUGUUGUUCUAUUACUGAUAUUUGACAGAGAAGACUGUUGCAUGCAAGAUGUAAUAUUCUUCUAUGUAACAGUCUCCAUUGUUGCCUUCACAGUCCUCUCUUUCCAACCUUUAGAAUAUGACACACCAACUGGUGUCACGGUUUGCACUUCAGCUCAAGAAAAACCUGCUAUUUUUUAGUUCCAAUUGGGAACCACUUUUUCAGGUUCCAAACCAACUUAUUUUUGGUUGAAAUGCUCCAAAUGGCUCGAAAUUAGGUGCUCGAGCCGAAACGUGUUGGUGGAACAGGGGUAUUUCAGUUGUAACCAGGCCUUUAGGGUGCCACAAUUCAGCUUGUUGAUGUUAUAAGGCAACAAUCAGUCUGAUCAACUACUGUGUCCAUCUAGGAUAAAGCUGUUAACAGAAAGAAGCCUGAGGUAGAAAAUCUGGAUCUUAAAAAAACAGCUAAAAUGAUCCUUUUUAGACCUUUAGUUUGAUACCAUCUCGGAAGAUCUUUCUUGAUACAACUGCAAAGAUGUUGCUUAGUAAAAAAAAAAAACUUACUUCUUAAAAGCUGGUAUUAAAAAAUGAGUAAAAGUGCGUAAGUUUAAGGUUAGUAAAAAAAAAAA